AUGCCAAAUCGAAUCGACGCCGUUCUCGGCGAGCUCAGAGAGUCAGGACGGACCGCGCUGGCGCCGUUCAUCACGAUCGGUUUCCCGGACGUGCCAACCUCUGAGGCGCUCGCUCGGACAAUCCUGGAGUCCGGCGGCGACAUGCUUGAGCUGGGGGUUCCCUUUAGCGAUCCGCUGGCGGACGGCCCUACCGUUCAGAUGACAAGGGUGGAGUCGCCGCUGAUCUUAAUGGGGUACUACAACCCAUAUCUCAGCUAUGGCCCGGAGAGAUUUCUAGACGACGCGGCCGCUGCCGGACUCGACGGAAUGAUCGUGCCGGACCUGCCUACCGAGGAGUCGGCGCAGUUCGGGGCGAUGGCCGCAGAUCGUGGCAUCCAUCUGAUCCCGAUGCUGGCGCGACAGCUCCGAUGA